CACAAGUCAGUAAUCAUUUCCAACCAGUAUCCUUAACCUCUGACAACAUUCUUAUUAGAUUUUUAAUCACAUGAAACUCCUCUAUAUAACUAACUACGCACUCCUCACAUCCUGCACUCUCACCAGUACGUAGAAUAUCCCCUGCCACAAAACAGACAACCACCAAGUACCACCAUGGCAUCAUACUACGAAAACAAACGAAGAAAGAAAAUCCUCAAACGCGUGCUCUUCGGAACCCUAAUCUUCCUCUUCGUCGUAGGCCUCGCAGUUCUCAUCACAUGGGCCAUUCUCCAACCCAAAAAGCCCCGUUUCAUCCUCCAAGACGCCUCCCUCUACGCCUUCAACGUCACCGCCAAUCCCACUCUCCUCACCACCAACUUCCAGCUCACAAUCUCGUCUCGGAACCCUAAUAGUAAAAUCGGCAUUUACUACGAUAAGCUCCAUGUUUUCGCUGCAUACCGGAGCCAACAAAUCACGUACUACACCACCCUACCGUCGAAUUAUCAGGACCACAAGGAAGUCAAGGUGUGGUCGCCGUUUGUUUACGGGACUAACGUGCCUGUGGCGCCAUAUAACGGGCUUGCGCUGGGUCAGGACCAGGCUAACGGAGCUAUAUGGAUGAUGAUCAAGAUAAAUGGACGGGUGAGAUGGAGAGUUGGGUCUAUUACUACGGGGAGUUAUAAUAUUCAUGUUACUUGCCCUGCUUACAUUCCGUUUGGUAAUAAUAACGCCGGUACUGUUGUUACCGUGGGUGGGGUUAUCAAGUAUCAGUUAUCGGUGAGUUGUGAAGUUAGUGUGUGAUACAUAUCAAGUCAACGCCGUCAAGUCUGCUCAGACACUCGAUGGUUAAGUAGAUUUAAAUUAUCCACCGUUAAUGAAAUUCAUAGUACGUAUGUUCUGGGAUUGUAAAUUCAUUGUAACAGUCUGUUGUAAUCUCCCCAUCAUUUCUUGUAAUCGUGUUAAAAUAUUUUAUCAUACUAGGUAAUUUGCACCGCGA